AAGACGGCAGCAUCCCCAUACUCCCAAAUUUUCCAUCCCCACCAAUCCGACAAUCCCCCAUCAAACAAACAUGGCAUUCCUACACCUACCAAACGAGAUCAUUCUCCAGAUCGCGGGAGAGCUUUCGCCCCCCGACCUUAACGCCCUUUUGAAAGCGAACCGGCGCCUCGCAAUCCUCCUCGCUUCCAGUCUCCUGGACAGCGUGUGUCGCAAGCAUCACAAAUUCUACGGAAAGAGGGCGCUCUAUUUCGCGGCGGAGCGCGAAGAUAAGGCCACCGUGAGCAGACUCAUCGAGAGAGGACUCCUCAACGUUGUGGGGAAGGGCGCGCUCCUCAAUAAAGCGGUGUUGGACCAGAGUGAAAGGGUCGUCAGUACCCUCCUAGCUUGCGGCGUCGGCGCGGAGACCAAGAACCUCAAAGGCCGAACGCCCUUAUCACUGGCUGCAAGAUGCGGCCGCGCUGGGAUAGUGCGUCUAUUGCUGCGCGAGCCGACUGUUGACGUGAACUCGGCGGACAAGACGAGCGCGACACCGCUAUUACUCGCCGCCACCAGGGGCCAUGAAGAAGUGGUUCGCCUCUUACUGGCCGACAAGAGAGUCGAAGUGGACACCCAGGAUAAGAGCAACGGCACGCCCCUUCACAGAGCGACCUUCUGGGGGGAGGAGGCCGUGGUCAAACUCCUCCUAGAGGACCAACGGUCGGACAUAAACCUUCAGAACGUCGGAAACUCCACUCCACUCCACUCGGCUGCCUUCUGGGGCUAUAGCCCCGUCAUCAGGCUGCUCCUGGCCGACCCACGAAUAAACGUGAAUCCGACAAAUCAGGACGACUGGACACCGCUGCACACGGCGGCGGACCAGGCCUCUGAAUGCGCUGUGCAAACCUUGCUGGAAGACACCAGGGUAGCAGUCAACUACAACAGCUCCAGCAGCGGAACUCCACUGCACGUCGCGGCAACCAGGGGCUGCGCGGCCGUGGUCAAGCUCCUUCUGGGCGACCCGAGGGUUCAAGUCAACCUCCGGGAUCGCAAUGGCGAUACCGCACUGCACCUCGCGGCCAACCAGGAGAACGAGCGAGCCAUGCUUCUAUUGCUCGCUCAUAGGGACAUCGACGUGAAUAUUCCCAACAACAGCGGAUGCUCAAUCAGGGACUUGGGAAGCCUCCUCCCUUCCAAAUAUUCCCCCAAUAUUCAGGAGUGGAUUCGAGGCCACAACUCCAAGGGGAAAAAAGCGGACAUGGAAUAAUGUCUCGGAAAAGUUGUAUUGAUAGAUUAGGGGCGUUUUGAUCUCUUUUUCUCUUUUUCUUUUUUUUUCUUUCUCCAUCCUUCAUCCUUCCUUCGCAGCGUGUUUUACGAAUAGAGAAGAGCAAUUAAGAACUUUCUCUUUUUUCUCUUUUUUUCUUUUUUCUUCUCCUUUUCCUUUUUCCCAAAUACAGUUCUGUAUCUUAUCCCGAAAACCAUUGGAUAUUGUAGAACCGGGAAUUAUGAGACAAAUCCCACGAUAAGCAUCCCCCCCCCCACUCGCGCAUUCGAGUCCCAAAACGUAC